AUGCGCCGUCGACUCACCUUGAGAAAGAGGGAUGACGUGCCGUGUGACCGGCUACGAACAACCAUGGCUUGCCUAUGUGCGGUCCGGCGACAAUCCAAUGACCGGCCCAACCGGAUCGCUUGUGGCUCUCACCGUGAGAGCCCCUUCAUCCAUUCUAUCAGCGAAACCUUGAGCUCGCAGACACCAGAGUUACGCCCACAGCACGACGACUUCGACAGAAUCUUGCCUAGAUAUCCGUUGGUAGCUGUGUGGGAAACGUGUAGUCAGUUGUGGUCAACUCAAAAGACUCGUUGGACGAAGAGCAAAUCGCUGAAAUGA